AGGGUAAUUUUGCCACUGACUGACCCACAUCAGGCAAAAGAGGUUUCAGAAAAGGUGAGGCGUCUUUUUCAGGAGAUAAAAAAGAUCUGCAAGGCAUCAGGACAGCCAUGGACACAACCACUUUCAUCGAUCACAUCAACACCACAGCAAAUCCCAUCUCCUCCUCAGACUACUAUGAUAAUCUGAAAUAUUCUUUACACAUCAUGUCUCUUUGUGUUUACGGCGUGGCCUGUGUCCUUGGUGUGCUCGGGAACGGGGUGGUUAUCUGGGUGACAGGCUUCAGGAUGAAGAAAACUGUUAACACAGUUUGGUUUCUCAACCUUGCUGUGGCUGACUUCCUCUUCACGGCCUUCCUUCCCCUCAGCAUCACAUACCAGGGUUUAGAUUUCCACUGGGUGUUUGGGAAGUUCAUGUGCAAGCUGAACAGCACAGUGAGCUUUCUAAACUUGUUUGCCAGCGUCUACACCCUGGUGGUGAUCAGCGUGGACAGGUUUGUGUCCGUAGUGUGGCCCAUCUGGGCUCAGAUUCAUAGGAAUGUGAAGAAGGCUUCCUGUGUGAGUCUGUGUGUUUGGGUGUUCUCUUUAUCGCUCAGCCUGCCCCACUUUGUCUUUAGAGAUACUGAAGACAUGGAUAACAGCAUCAUCUGCUACAAUAAUUAUGCUCUCUCUAAUAAUAACACCAAUCCAUCUGUGAUACAAUUAGAAUAUUUUCGCCAUCGAGCUAUGACCAUCACCCGUGUUCUCCUGGGCUUCAUCAUCCCCUACAGUAUAAUCGUUUUUUGUUACGCCAUGAUAUUCCACCGCAUAAGGAGCAGCCCCACACUGGCCAAACAAUCAAGCCGUCCUUUUAAGAUAAUUGCCGCCAUCAUCAUCACGUUUUUCCUGUGCUGGGCUCCGUUUCACCUCAUGACUAUAAUUGAGUUAAAAAGAUUUGAUCCAACCAACAAAAGCAAAACACUGUUUUAUGUCAUCACCAUCGGGCUCCCACUCUCCACAAGCCUGGCCUUUGUUAACAGCUGCCUGAACCCAAUACUGUACGUAUUCAUGGGCCAGGACUUCAGAGAUAAAUUCAGCAAAUCCAUCCUGAAGGUGUUGGAGUCCGCAUUCCACGACGAUGAGGCCAGCACCACUUACAUGAAGAGUCUCAGCACCAGCAAGACCAAGACGUCUGACCACAGCACUGCAGUGUAGUAGCAGUAAGGACUUUUCUAAAUAGCUAACCUGCACAGAGUAGCCAAUAUAAUUUUUUAUUUCUGGAUCUUCAGUUGAAUGUAUCAUAUAUGUGUUCCUGACCAUUGUGUAACAGCUUUAAAAAAUAACUUAGGUGGAGGUUGUCUUGUUGUUGGUAGUACAUUUAGGCUGCACUUUGAUAAAACAAAUGAAGAAUUAAAAACAAUUAUGCCCUCAUUACCUGAAUAUUUUUAUGAAUAUAUUCAUUGUAUUUCAGUUGGUGAUCUCACUUCUUUGCAUAUAUGUUGUUAAAUGCCAAGAAUCCCUCAUUCCAUUUUUUGUUAUUUUGUACAGUAUUGUACAAGGCUAUAUAACCUUCAGCUUGUCCAAAAUUGAGCCGCCCCUCGCACCUCCCAAACCGGACUUUUUUAAAAGCAAAUUGAAGAUGCAUUUGUCCAGAAAGGCUUUUAAUGUUCAUUAGCACAUACCUUUAAAACUAAAGUAUUUUUUUUCUGUUAUCUUUUUAUGUGUUUUUAUGAUUUUAUUGUUAUGCAAUCUGGUCUCCUUAUUAGGAUUUUUAAAAGCGCUUUAUACAUAGUACAAUAAAUAAAAUGAAAUGAAAAUUUGA